AUGCCAUCAAAAUCUACAAUCGGAAAUGCCCUCAAAUACCACGCGACGCAGAGCAGUAGGGCCGACUGCAAAGUCCGAACCAACGACCGCCGUUCUAGCCUUCCCGAUGUCGAGUCCAAGGUCGUGGAGUGGGUCCUUCCCCGCGAAGAGCUCGGUGUUUGUCUCACCGGUGAGCUCAUCCGCAAGCAAGAGCUCUCGGUUUCUGCAACCCUGAAAGUUCCUGCCGAUCAGCGUCACUCGUUCUUAAAGGGAUGUGAUGUACAAGUUCCUAGGAAACACGGACUUACCAGCAAGCUGCAAGAUGACGAAGCUGGAUCGACGCCACCGGAGGCGGUUCAAGCAGGGCGUAAUGAAAUGCAGACCAUCACGAGUGGAUACGAGUCUGCUGACAUCUACAACAUGGAUGAGACCUGGUUUUUCUACUGCUUGUCACCACACUACUCGAUUACGCGUAACCGUCCACAUGGUGGAUACGCUCUUCAUCGGCAGCGCAAUGCGACCAAGAUGUUUUGGCGGUCAGACUGGCGCUGA